CUUGAUACAGUGAUAAGGGUCCCGGGAUUUCAAUGGAAUUAGAAACUCAGCAGUAGCUUAGGAUCUCUUUGCUUGGUCGAGUGCUUCAUUAAGUAGUCUCUAGUUUGCUGCAAAGUGUUGAAACGGUCGAGAAACGACUCGUCCCUGAGCCUCCAUGGCGAUCUCUUUCGUGGCGCUAUUGGUCUGUUCGGCAGUCUACUGCUGCUACGUCGACUGCGCUCCUGCUGGCGCUGAUGAGGACCUCCGGACGGGGAUCAUGUUUAACCAGUUGGCCAUCGCCGAACUGACGAAGCAGCAGAGGAAUUUCGAAGACAUCAGAGACCAAAUAGCUUCCAUGUCUUCCUCCCUGGUGAGCUCUCAGUCCUUCGUCCUUGGGUUCCUGGAAAACGUCUCCACUCGCAUGGAAACCUCAUCUAGAAGCAUUGCCACUCACCUGGAGGGUUCUAAACAGCUGAUGGAAUCUGUGGCAGGCAUUGUGUUGAUGACACAGGGACACCAACACAAUCUGACUGUCGAAAUGAGAAAGGCUGUUCAAGCGAGUUCGCGAACCUCUGAAGAACAUAUGGCUGCCCUACGAAAUUUACUUUUAGAGACAAAUUCCAGACUCGAUUCCCUGGAAACAUCUGUCAAGUCUCUACAAAUUCCUGCGCAAAUUCCUCUACAGAUUCCGUCGGCCUCCAAUCGAACUCAAGAAGAAGUUCCCAAAGUAGUAGUAGAUACUGAUCUCUCCGAAAGCUUCUGCCCCCCACAUUUCUUCACUUCCGGGAGGGAAUGUUUUUACGUCGUGGAAAGAAGGUUGAUGUGGGAAGACGCCCGGAAGGAAUGCCAAAGCCUCAGACUCGUCAGCGAAGAAGUAGAAGGAAAAGAAGAAGAAGAAGAACAGGACAUAGAGAUCAUAGCGCAGCUGCCGUCUUUUAGAUGGAAAAGGCAAAGUAGUGAUACCAGAUAUGUCACAGAUCUGGCUGAGCCAGAAGACUUUUCGAAGCUCGUGAAAACUUUAGAACAAUUUGCUGGUACGGCAGGAGACAACUUCUGGAUUGGUGGCCUGAAAGAAGAUUCAACUUGGAAAUGGCUGAGCCAGUCAAAAAUCCCCGUGACCUCUUGGCUCCGCGGGUACCCUAGGUCACGGGACCAGGUCGUUCUGAUGAGGAAGAGGUCACCUUACCUCUCCAGUCGAACUGGUAGGCAGAGGAACCCCGCCAUUUGUGAAAUAACUCAGAGGAGACGAACACCAUAAAAUAUUUUUCUGUUUCCUCAACGGUUCUGAAUCUGAUUAGUGAAUUGAUUCAGAGAAAUAGAAAUGGGAAAAUAGAUAAAUAGUUGAAUGGAAGUAGUUAAAAAGAAAUAAAAUCUCAAAUAGAUAAAUAGUUGAAUGGACGUAGUUAAAAAGAAAUAAAAUCUCAAAUAGAUAAAUAGUUGAAUGGACGUAGUUAAAAAGAAAUAAAAUCUCAAAUAGAUAAAUAGUUGAAUGGACGUAGUUAAAAAGAAAUAAAAUCUCAAAUAGAUAAAUAGUUGAAUGGACGUAGUUAAAACGAAAUAAAAUCUCAAAUAGAUAAAUAGUUGAAUGGACGUAGUUAAAAAGAAAUAAAACCUCAAAUAGAUAAAUAGUUGAAUGGACGUAGUUAAAAAGAAAUAAAAUCUCAAAUAGAUAAAUAGUUGCAUUGAGAGACUGGUUAUUCAUAAAAGGACAUUUUACAUGAAAAGACAAGCAAAAACAGAGCGUUGAAUAAGUAGUAUUAUCUUCCAUUUUUCUUUUAUGAAUAUGGCUCAUAAGUUGAUUCAAUUACACGGUGAACUAGCACUCACAAUAUGGAUGUCCGUAUAUCUUAAACCAUGAUCUUUCUUUUUUUAUUCUAGGGUAAACUAGUAACAAGUGCGUAUGGAAAAGAUUUAGCCAUGCGACAAAAUCAAUUACAUAGAUUCAGAUUUGAUCAAAGUAACGAAGAUGGUAUGGUUUUAUAUUAGGUACUUAUUCCUUACGAUACUUUCUUUGGUUGUUUAUUACCAAAAACUGAUCUCAACAUCUUUUUCUUUCUCCCGUUAUCAUAAUUCCGUUUACUUCCCUUGUGAUAUUUCAAAAAAAAUAA